AUGUCCAGAUCCAGAACUUCAGCAUGCCUCUUGUGUUUCUUGAUUUCGUUCUACGUAUUACUCUCACUCUCGUCAGUCGACAGAAAAAGCUACCGUUCGAGCUAUUACGCGUCGAUUGUGCCCUUUGUUGUUGUGUUUCUUCUUGCAUUAUUGCUUGUUUUCGCCGUACGAACCACCAUUGUUACGUGGAUAACGGUGCUGGUGCUUUUGGCGUUUGCUGGGAAGAGGCGUCGAGUUCUUGCUAAGGAGGGGAGGAAGAUUACAUCAGACAUUGCCUUGUAUUUGGUACAAAUUGUACUCCAGAAGAGAAGCCUUGGUGCUGUUGCUUGUGCUACAAUUUUGAGCCUCAUGGCUAUGGCUUGGUUGAGAAAGGCUGAUUAA